GACAUUAGCUUUAAAUUGAAUGCAUAUUUGGAUACAAUUAACUGCACGUUAAUAUUUCGAGGUGGAGUGAAGUGGAAGUAAUCCAUAGUUUGAUCACACAUUCAGACAAUGAAUUGAGUGAAAGUAAGUCAUCAUUGAGGCCAAGGAGACAAACGAUUGAGAGGAUCCUUGUCCUUCCAAUACAACACUUUUCCGGAUCAUUGCUAUCAUUGCUGUUAAGACUAACUCAUAAGACAGUUAUACUUCAAUAUAAAGUCAUAUUCUUCGGAAUUUUUAUUGAAUCCUUCGAUUGAAUCGGAGGUUACGAGAGGUUAUCGAUAUUUGAGACUUUUAUUGAACUUUUCGCCAAAAGCUAAAUACGAUAUAAUACUCUAGUGAUAAUGUCGUCAAUAAUAAUCCAAUGCCAUUGCGAUCGACUCUUAUUUUAGAAAUGAUAUUCACUUCAUUUGUCCGCAAAUUCUGCACAAUCACUACAAUUCAAUUGAAAACAUCAUUAAAAGCGAAAUUAGUUCAGAAAAUGUUGUCACAGAAUAGCGAAGCACUCAAUAUAUUCAAACAGAUUUCGGUUAUACCUGAACUCAAAAUCCUCGAAACCAUAUUCACAUCUAAUGGAUAUGAACUGCGUAUGGCCGGCGGUGCGGUUAGGGAUAUCAUGUGUGGUAUUCAACCAAAUGAUAUUGACUUUGCCUCCAAUGCAACACCGGAUCAGAUGAUUAGAAUCAUGAGAGACAAAGACAAUAUACGUCUUAUAACCACUCCUUCAGGUGAACGACACGGCACUGUCACCGCGAGGAUCAAUGACAAGCAUCAGUUUGAAAUAACCACUUUACGUAUUGAUAAGUGCACUGAUGGACGACAUGCAGAGGUCGUGUUCGUCAAUGACUGGAAAAUAGAUGCCUCCCGACGCGAUUUGACCAUUAAUUCAAUGUUUUUGGAUUUAAACGGAAUUCUUUACGAUUAUUUUGACGGCGAGAAUGAUCUGAAGAAUAAAAGGAUUCGUUUUGUUGGCGACACUGCGUCCAGAAUACGAGAGGAUUAUCUCAGAAUUUUCCGUUAUUUCCGAUUUCACGCCCGAUUUGGUUCCUCACAAACACAUGAUUUGCAAACUCUGUCCACAAUUAAGUCCAAUUGCGACGGAUUGCAGAUAAUUAGUGGCGAAAGGAUUUGGGCCGAAAUGAAGAGAAUUCUUGUCAUCAAAAACUGCGAGAAUGUAAUCGAUGUUAUGUUUAAUAACAUUCAGAUUGGAAAGCAUUUAGGAUUUAAAGUCAAUCAAAGGAAUGCAAAUGAGACACAACUAAGCGGCGACUUUUCACGUGAUUUAUCGGAGUUUAGAAAAGUUCUCAACAAUUUGAUGAAUGGUGUGAACACUGGGGUAAUGAGUGGUUGGGAGGCAUACACUUUGUUUGCGGCACUUAUUCAAGACUCGGAUGAACUGUUGGAUGUGACCAAACGACUCAAACUUUCCAAUUAUGAGAAGGAAUGCAUUCUUUAUAUAAUUAAAAAUAGAGAAACCCUUUUGAAUGAAGACAUGAAAGCAUUGCGAUCACAGUUAGCGCUCACUCCUAAGCCAAAUCAAAAUAAUUUAAGAAAAUCUAUUAUUGAAUGUAUGAAAUAUUGCGGUCUAUUCUCACAUAUCUCCGCAAUAUCCGAGUGGACAAUACCUGAGUUCCCAUUCACUGGACAUUUAAUAGCCGGAAGAGUGAAAAAGCGAACUUUGAUUAAAGACAUAAUCAAUGAAUUGAAGACUUUUUGGGCCAAAACAGGGUUCGAGUCAACGGAGGAACAGUUGAAAGAAGAGUUGGAAAGGCUUUUACAAAGUGAUCGAUACAAAGAAUAACUCAUUAUUUGAUGAUUUAAUUGUAAUUUUCUAUUCAAAUAAAACAUUGAUCUUUAGAUA